UUCCCUGAAACAGCAAAUCCAUCAAGGAAACACUCUUCUCUUGCUCCUUCCCUCUCAUUGUGUCCUCCACUUUUCUUUUUCCAUCUCCAAAUCUGAGUCCACAUCAGAAUGUGAACACCAAGCACAAGAUUCACAGACGAAAUCUAAAAAUAGAAAAAACCCAACAACAACAAAAGUUCAAAUUUUUUCUGCAAUUAAAGUUAAAUUAAACUCAAUCUCUGUCAUUAAUCAGCAAUGAAGGAUGAGGAUGGCCUUCCAACGUCGACGACGGCCAGCGCGAAGAAGGAGAGCUCGGAUUCGAGUGUAGUACUCGGGAAAGGCAGGUACAAGUUUUGGGCUUUGGCUGCGAUUUUGUUGCUCGCGUUUUGGUCCAUGUUCACCGGCACCGUCACGCUCCGGUGGUCCGCCGGCAACCUCAAUCGGCUCUCCGACGACCUAGACUCUCCUAUUCACGACGAUCUCGAUGUCCUUGAAAUGGAGGAGAGGGAGAAGGUGGUGAAGCACAUGUGGGAUGUGUACACUAACAGCCGUCGGAUCAGACUGCCCAGGUUCUGGCAAGAGGCAUUUGAGGCUGCCUAUGAGGAGUUAACCAGUGACGUCCCUGGUUUUCGAGAAGAAGCCAUAACCGAGAUCGCUAAAAUGUCCGUCCGCUCUGUCGAUCUCGAUCCGCCUCCUGUACAAUCUGCAAGUGCACGGGAGUUUAGUAAGACUCUGAAGCAGGCAGACAAAGGUAGAGAACUGGCGACCUCGACAGGGAGCGGUCGAUGAUGUCUAGAAUGUUGAGGACCAUGGUUCAAGCCUCCAUUUUCCUGCAAUUACAACUGUGUGCUGGCCAGAGUUUGUGAGUGAUACUGAGGUGCACAGUCAUACUCGGUUCUUCUUCUUCUUCAUAUGUUUUCAUAGGGCAAAACUAUGUAUUUGAUUAGGUUCUCCAUUUUUGGAUAUCACAGUCUUGCCAUGUGUGCGGUAAACUGAAAGAACAUGUGGAGUAGAUGAGUUAAAAGUGCAGGAAUUUUGUUUGAUAUUAUUUUCUAUGAAUUCAAUUGAAAGAAAUUUCUGAAGCCU